AUGUACAACCUCGUUAUCCUGUGUCUCGUCUCCCUUCUUGCAUACGUCUACAGCGUUAGAAACAGAAGACAACUUUCAGUACCUCCGGGCCCGAGGGGCAUCCCCCUCCUGGGCAAUGCGCUCCAGCUUCCCAAACAAUGUUAUUGGCUCACGUUCGCAGAAUGGGCCAAAACAUACGGCCCUGUCAUGCACAUCUCUAUUGUUUCGAGUCCAAUCAUCGUAUUGAGCUCCCGCGAGGCCAUCUCCGACCUUCUUGAGAAGAGGAGCCUCAUGUAUUCUGAUCGUCCGGUGGUCCCCAUGGCGGGCGAAUUGGCCGGUAUGGAGCAAUUCACCGCGUUGGCGCCGUACGGACAGCGUCAUCGGGAAGGACGAAAGCUGAUUCUCAGCGCGGUUAGCACUCGCAAAACGCCAGGACUACAUAUCAUUGAAGAAUCGAAGACAGCUGAUUUCAUCUCAAGGCUAGCCCGUAGCCCAUCCGAGCUCCGGUCCCAUAUUCGAUGGGUCGUGGCAAGCAUCGUACUCCAGAUCACUUACGGAAUCAAUGCGCUCGAUUGUGAUGACCCUUUCAUACGCAGAAUGGAGAGGGGGUUGAAAGAUUUCGACAAAAUCUCGGCCCCGGGUGCGUAUCUUGUUGAUGUGUUCCCCUUUUUGAAGCACAUACCAGAGUGGUUUCCAGGAGCGUCUUUCAAGAGGGUAGCGAGAGAAUUCAGGAGUCAGGGUCUCCAGUUGGAGAACAAACUAUACCAGACAGCUCGAGACCAACUGGACCACGGAACAGCCACGCAUUCGUUCGUGGCCGAUUUGCUUGCAAAAAAUCAUAGUCCUACUCCUGAGGAGCAUGAACUGUACCGACAAGUAUCUACUCAGUUCCUCGCUGCCGGCUGGGAUACAACAGUCUCGUCGCUUCUCUCGUUCUUCCUCAUCAUGGCCCAACAUCCUGAAAUCCAACGGAAGGCGCAAGCCGAAGUGGACGCCUCCGUCAGCGGUCGACUACCUAAAAUAAGCGACCGUAAAGAGAUGCCUUACCUCGAAGCUGUGCUCAAAGAGGUCCAUCGAUGGAACCCUGCAGUGCCCUUAGCCUUGCCGCAUAACGUACGCCGUGAAGACGUCUAUGCAGGCUUUCGUAUUCCCGCUGGUUCCACAGUGUUUGCGAAUACUUGGGCUGUGCUCCAUGACCCAGCCUUGUAUCCUCGUCCCGACGAAGUCAUCCCGGAGCGAUAUCUCGACAAGUCUGGCGAGCAAUCCGACUUGAACCCUGAUCCUCGAGACUUUGCCUUUGGCUACGGAAGACGGGUUUGUCCCGGACGGAUGCUUGCGGAAGACACCCUGUUCAUAGUUGCGGCGUCCGUGCUCGCAUCAUUCAACAUCGGUGAUGCUAUUCCUCGGGAAGGCGAGACGGUCAAAUAUGGUGGUGGUAUUGUUGUAAGUCACCCGGAUGACUUCACAUGCACCAUUAUCCCUCGCCGGUUUGUGUAA